AUGCAUAUAUCAACCAUUUUCGUUUUAAUAACACUAUUGCUUUCAUCACAAUAUUUGGCAGUUUCUGCGCAGUCAACUCCUGACAAUACUGUGAAAUCACCGUCGAUUGAAAAUAGUCCUUGUGAAAAUGAUUGGGAUUGUGUUAAUAAUAAUAAUUCAAAAAUUGAAAUGAAAGGAUCAUGGUUUAACCGAACAAUCAAAGAGAGGCCGGGUGACUUUAUGUGUAUACAAAAAACAUGCAAAUUUGUAGUUGCUGCUGGUCAGCCAUGUCGAGAUGAAACGGAUUGUAUAGCAUAUCAUUAUUCAAUUGUAUAUAACGUUAACGUUAAAUUUGACCAAAAAGAUUUUUGUAGCCCAAAGUAUUGUAAUCCUGAAUCAAGUUGCGAUGGAGCAUGGGAUCAAAAAGAUCUUACUUUGCCUCAUUUUGAAAAACCAUCGAACUGUUGUAAUGGACUUCCGUCAGAAUCAAAAUGUGAUAUAAUAGCGAAUGAUGUUGAUCCAUGUGAUUAUAGUUCUAGCUGUAUUUAUGAUAAAACAUCUGGUAGCGCAAAGUGUUUCAGCGAAGAUCGAAAGGGAGGCAUUUGGAUCGGUAUUGUAAUAUGUUUAUUGGGAGGUGUAGCCGCAAAUAUCGGAUUGAAUGUUCAAAAAUAUGCUUAUACUAAGCACCAAGAUGAAUUGAACAAAAAAUCAGGUGUAGAUGAUGAUGUUAAUUCUAUAAUUAAUUUGGAACGUUCUAGCCUUUAUAGAAAGUUGGAACGUUUUAUGUUCUGGAAACAAAUCAUUGUAUCACCGCUCUGGGUCUUUGGGCUGGGUAUCUACAUUUUCGGAAGCUUGCUAGGUUUCGUCGCACUCAAAUUCGCUCCACAAUCGCUCGUCGCCCCACUAGGUGUUGUAUCUUUAGUUGUCAAUCUGAUAAUCGCUCCGAUACUUCAUCAUCAAAAAUUAACAAUCUGGGACAUUGUUGGUGUCGUAAUCAUCAUAUGCGGUAGUAUCGUGAUCACAGUAUUCUCUGGAAUUGUUAUACAAGAUUAUAAAUUAUGCGCUCUUAUUGGAUUAUUUCAUCGAAUCCAAACAAUCGUUUAUCUUUCUACGAUUGCUGCUUUUAUCUGUGCUUUAUUUACUUUUAUACGCGUCAUUGAAAGGAAUGCAGCUCGAGAGGAUGAAAUUGCGCUUGCCCAAGAAGCUGCCAAUAUUAUUGCUAUCGGACAUGAAAACAGUUCCCCUGAAUCAACUAAUGUAAACGAAUCAUCGCUGAUCGAAGGGGAAAAUGGAUCAUCAACCGUUGUAACUGAACAAGAUAAUGGCUCGAUGGACAAAGUCACGCAUACGUUGUUUAACAAGAAGGAUAUUACCGAUAAAGUGGUGCUUGACGUUAGUAACGCAAAACAUAUACCUCCAACUCGGAAUUCAAUUUCUUCAAUGCGUACAACCGGAUCUGCCGUUAGAAAACGAAAUCUUAAAGAAAAGGUUCUUUUGCCACUGGCUUAUGCAAUAUUGGCAUCCAGUUUGGCUACAAUCACCACCCUGUUUGCAAAGUCCCUGGUUAAUUUAUUGACAAUAUCAUUUGUACAAAAAGAUAAUCAAUUUAAAGAUUUAUUAUCAUGGAUGAUACUCUUGAUCACUGUUUCAACAGCGAUUGGUCAAGUCUAUUGGAUAAAUAUGGGAUUAAAAAAGUAUGAUGCAUUAUUGCAGAUAAAUAUGUGGGAUUUAUUGUUGGAAUAUGCCUUAUAUUCUUUGGUGUAUCAUUAUUAA